AUGCAUGAGAAUGACAACGUUUUACCAUCAUGCUGUUCAGAUUUAUCUGUAACUGCAGCUUGCUUGUCGAGUCCUUUCAUUCAAAGGAGAGCUGUUGGUUCAUCAGGACGAAUCAGUUGGCUAUAUGAUGCGAUUAAUGAUCAAAUAAUUUCAGGCCCGAAUGUAUUUAACGAUUCGACAGUGACAUUUUCAUGUCAACGAAAAGAAUGUUUCAUGAAACCAUGCGAUCCAAAUCUACGUAGUAAUCUAUUAAAAUGGUGCAACACAGAGGAUGAAUUACGGCUGAGUGUUGCUUUACAACUAUGUGAAUCAAAGGGAAUCGGUGAAUUCAUCAACUAUUCUGGUUCAAUCGAUGAAUAUACCCGUUUUCUCUGCUACACCCAUCAUCAAACAACAGAAUACUUCAAAGAUGAAGUGUUCACAUCAAACACAAUCAAACCUCGAAAACUAGUUAUUGACGCUACUCAUGCGAUUGUAUUAGUUAAUUUUGGAAUCGAAGCGCUUGUCGUUUUACAACUCCCCCCUGACGAUGAACAAGUUCAAACGAUUGAUCAUGCCUUAGAACGACUAUGCACUUUAUUGAAGGGUGAUCAACAAGAUGUGACGUUAUCCGACGAACAUAUAGAGUCACUCGAAAAAAUACUUCAGAUAAAAGUCUUUUCGAAUACGGCUGAACUCACUGGAGUUAAAUCAGUAUUAGAUUUACAUCCGAAAAUUCAAUCAUCUUUAAAGAAUGAGCAUCUUCUCAAACCUCUAAAUUACAAUUUAUGUCCAAUUAAUUAUAUUUAUGAUACGAGGGAUGAAAACAAAUAUACAUUCACCGAGCUGAGUAACGCAGAUGUCAUCGCAAUAGAAUCUUAUUUACUUCCAUUCUCAGUCGAUUUAAAAAAUGUAGCAAGAGCAAUGGGUCAGAGCUACCCAAAUCUACGUCAGCAUCUUAAGGGCGAACAUAAGAACAUGCUUACAAGUUAUCAACAAUUGAAAGCAAUGUACAAUAAUGAAAUUCAUCGAAUUCGAAAAUUAGUUAUCGACAUUCGUCGUGGUGAUAUCAAGGAGAGCAAGAUCCACGAAGAAUUAAGCAAUGACCUAGAAGAUAAUUCAAGAAAGAUGCUUGCGGAUUUUCGCAAUCAACUUAAGAAAAUACAAAAGAAAGAUAGUUUCAUAGAAGAUUUGUCAGAAAAAGGAUUUAUAUAUCAGAAUGCGGCGGAUCGAGAGAUAUAUGCAGACGAUAAUAGACAAGUACUUGAACAGAAAGUAUUGGGAGGUGCUACAUCGACACAUAUUAUUUGCUCUAAUGAUACUUUAUAUGAGAAAAGUCAAUCAAAGUGGCAUACUCUUUGCGAUCAAUUGCUAAAAGAGCGUGAAGGAAAUCCUCAACUAAACUUAAUCUACGUUGACUUCUCAUAUGUUCCUUACAAACUGAAUGAUUUCAUCAUUUUACCUACUACUGAAAUUAUCAGUAACUUAGAUGAAACACAACCGAUCACAGCACCGAAAUCAGAACGAUCGAAAAGUGUUGAACCUAUCAAUAUUUUACUUCUUGGUGAAUCAGGAGUAGGUAAAUCUACUUUCAUUAAUGCUUUCGUUAACUAUCUAAAAUUCGACGAUCUAAAACAAGCGGAGAAGAAUCCAACUGUGCUCAUCCCUGUUUCAUUCAUGAUAACAGUUGAUGAUAAUUUUACAGAACGAGUAGUGAAAUAUGAGUGUGCGGAUGAUUUAAACAAUGAAGAUCAUGAUAACCUUGGUAAAUCAAUAACUCAGCAUUGCAAAUCAUACGUCUUUACUCUUCAAGACGGUAGAAAUCGUGGACAAAAACUGCGUAUUAUCGACACACCUGGGAUUGGUGAUACAGAAGGAUUAAAUCAAGAUGAUAAAAAUAUGCAACAUGUUUUAUCAUACAUCAAUAAUCUGACACACUUGAAUGCUAUUUGUAUCCUCUUGAAGCCAAACAAUUCACGUCUCACCGUAUUCUUCCGUUCGCGUUUUACACAACUGAUCGAUAUGUUGGGCGAAAAUAUUUGUGACAGAAUCUUAUUUUGUUUUACCAAUGCACGUUCUACAUUCUAUACACCAGGAGAUACAGGACCACUUCUAAAAGCUUUACUUAAUUCAUUGCCGGCUAAACGCAUUCCUUUUUCCAAAGAAAAUACAUUCUGUUUCGAUAGUGAAUCAUUUCGUUACUUAGUGGCAAAAUUGAAUCGAAUCAAGUUCAACAGUAUGGAAGAAGCAGACUAUAACGGUAGCUGGGAGAAGUCAAUGACGGAAUUAAAUCGUCUUAUCGGAUAUAUUCACAGUAACAUGUCUGACCCUAUUAUUUUAAAUGAUUCACAUUCAGCGAAGCAUGCACAACUCAUGAUUAAUUCAACGAUUCGACCUAUGUUAGAAGCAAUGAGAAAUACUCUUCGUAAUAUUAUUUUAUUGAAUGAACGAUGGCAUAAAACUUGUAUAGAGUUAUGUCCAAAAAUUAUCAAAGGUACAACUGCUAUUUGUUUGGAGUGUCCGCGUAAACGUAUUAAAAUUUGUGACUUUUGGGUCGCUACAGAUGGAUUACAUGUCGUUCAGAAUAAAUGUCGAACUUGUCAAUGUGAUCCAUCUCAGCAUUAUCGCAUUGAUUAUGAACUUGAAUAUAAGGAAAUCGAGAAUUCAGCGAAACCGACUGAGGAAGAUAUGAGAAAAGUCUUGCAUAAUUUGUGUGAAGCAAGUGCAGAAUUCAGUUAUUUUCUUUUACAAUCAGCCGGUAACUCUCAACAUGAUCCGUUCUUUUUAGGCUUCGAGAGAAUGAUCAAAGAAGAAAGUGAUAUCUGUGAUGAGAAGACGUCAUACAAGUUCAACUUACAUCUGGUUGAGCAGCUUCAACUGCUCAAAACCCAUUAUGAAAAAGCGAAUAAGAAAUUAGCUACGAAGAAAAUGAUAACUGAACUCGAUGUUAUUUAUCAGAAAAUUGAAAAUGUGAAUGAACAUCGAAUGAUCAAGCAGCAAAUGAACGCUAUUCAAGGAUGGUACAAAUUUAUGACAAAAUAUUAUGAAAGUGAUGUACCAAUAAACAAAGGAAAUCAGUAG